AGAAAACCGAAACCACAAAACUGCGUCGUUUUCCUCCCUCUUUUGUCUUGUCUCAUCCUCUCCCUUCUCUUCUUCGUUAUAUAAAUUUUUUAAAAAUAUCAUCAUUUCUGUUAUAAAAAAGAAAGUCUUCUCUCUGUCUAAUCUAUUGGCCUCCGCUCCGAUCAUCACAAAAAAAUAUCUUUCAGUGGCCCGGUUCAGAAACGGUUUCGUUUUAGGGUAACCUUGGUGUAAAUGCGUGAUAAGCAGGAGUGGUGAGGGACAAAACGGGGAAGACAAAUGCAUAGAUCGGAGAUGACAGUAGGACCGGGAAUGGACAUGCCGAUCAUGCAUGAUAGUGAUCGGUACGAUUUAGUGAGAGAUAUCGGGGCGGGUAAUUUCGGUGUAGCUCGGCUGAUGAGAGAUAAAGUUACUAAAGAACUUGUUGCUGUUAAAUACAUAGAAAGAGGCGAUAAGGUUGAUGAAAAUGUUCAGAGAGAAAUAAUAAAUCAUAGGUCAUUGAGGCACCCCAAUAUUGUGAGGUUUAAAGAGGUGAUUUUAACACCGACCCAUUUGGCAAUUGUAAUGGAAUAUGCAGCUGGAGGAGAGCUUUUUGAUCGAAUUUGCAAGAGUGGGCGAUUCAGCGAGGAUGAGGCACGGUUCUUCUUUCAACAACUUAUAUCUGGAGUCAGCUAUUGUCAUGCCAUGCAAGUAUGUCACCGUGACUUGAAGUUGGAGAACACAUUGUUGGAUGAUAGUCCUGCUCCUCGUUUGAAGAUUUGUGAUUUUGGGUACUCCAAGUCUUUAAUGAUUCACUCUCAACCGAAGUCAACUGUGGGAACUCCUGCAUACAUUGCUCCAGAAGUUUUGUUGAGGCAAGAAUAUGAUGGCAAGGUUGCAGAUGUGUGGUCAUGUGGUGUAACCUUAUUUGUGAUGCUGGUUGGAUCAUAUCCCUUCGAGGACCCUGCUGAGCCUAAAGACUUCCGGAAGACAAUACAGAGAGUUAUUAAUGUGCAGUAUUCUAUUCCAGACUCCAUUGUGAUAACCCCAGAGUGUCGCCACCUGAUUUCAAGGAUUUUUGAUGCCGAUCCUGCAACUAGGAUUACCAUCCCUGAAAUCAGGAAUCAUGAGUGGUUUCUGAAGAAUCUUCCCGCUGACCUAAUGGAUGAAAAAACUAUGGGCAGCCAGUUUGAAGAGCCUGAUCAGCCCAUGCAGAGCGUUGAUGCAAUCAUGCAGAUAGUUUACGAGGCCACUGUACCAACAGUUGGAGCCCAUGGUCUUAAUCGAUGUAUGAUGGACAAUCUAGACAUGGAUGAUGACAUGGACGAUCUAGAUUCUGAAUCCGAGCUUGAUAUUGACAGCAGUGGGGAGAUAGUUUAUGCAUUGUAAUCUGAUCAUCAUGAGUUGCACUCUCAGCAUGCUUGGUAAGAUGAUGUUCAUGGAGCAAAUGGAUGCAUGGAGUUCAAAAGCCUAGGUAAUGUGUUGUAGAAUAUUGUAGGUGUAGAAUAGGCAACAUGGGAAAGUUCAAUGCAUGCUACUUGACAUUUCAUGUUCACAUUGUAAGCUUUCGUACCUUCGUGCGUGGAGGGAUUUGAUCUUAUUCAUGCAGGGUGGGAAUCUGGUAAAAAUUCUGGAUGUCAGGGGAUCUCCACCCUCUGCCAUCCUAUCGAAAUAGUCUGUUCAUCACAUUUUUCAGUUUUGCGUCUGUCCCAUGUGUUUUUGUUUUUUUGUGCUAUGGCACAUUAUCUGCUUGUAUACUCUAUAUGAAGGCGGCGCCGGAAAUUUAUAUAUUUUUGGCAUCAUUUUUCCUGUCUUAA